ACCCCCGCCCCCUUCGCCCCAACGGCUGCGGCCCUGCUGAGGGGAUUGGUCCCGAACUCGAGAGGGGGGGCCCUGGGAUCCAGGCAGGACAGAGUGGACGGAGAAUCAGGGUUGCCUGCUGCUUCCGGAGGGUGUUGUGGCCGAAUCCUCCCCCGCAGGAGCGGUGGUGAAGGGGAGCGGGGUCCGAUUCCGGGCCGCCCCUCAUGAGAAAUGGACCAAGAUGAUCCUGGAGAGGCCAUGGCAGAACUACAAGAGCGCCACCUUGGGGGACUGGGUAUCUUACAAGUGGCAGCUGGCACUGGCUUAUUUGCCUAUACCUUCUGGGCAGGGUUCCUUAUGCCUGGUUUCCGCAGAGUGCCCCUGAAGCUUCAGGUGCCAUAUGUCCCAUCAAGUAGGCAGCAGGUAGAGAAUGUUCUGAAUGUUCUCCGGGGCCGCUCUGGCAAGAUGGUGGACUUGGGCUCUGGUGAUGGCAGGAUUGUUUUGGCAGCAUACAGACAAGGAUUCUAUCCUGUUGUGGGUUAUGAACUGAACCCCUGGCUUCUUCAGCUUUCCCGGUUCUAUGCGUGGCGGGCUGGUUGUGCUCAAAAGGUUUCCUACCAGAAGGAGGAUCUCUGGAAGGUGAACCUGGCUGAUUGCAAAAACGUCACAGUCUUCCUGGCUCCCGGUGUGCUCCCUCUCCUGGAAACCAAAUUCCUAGCGGAAUUGCCCAACGAGGCCCGAGUGGUAUCUGGUCGAUUCCCCCUUCCCAGUUGGGAGCCAAUAGCCACAGUUGGUGAGGGCCUGGACAAGGUUUGGGCUUAUGAUAUUGGACUCAUCCGGGAAAACAUGGAGAUGAGGGAAACUACCUUUCUACAGGGAACACCUGUCUAGGUUUUGGGGAAGUAGAGCUCCCUUCGUGAGAGGGGCACUCUACCUUAUGCGUAAGGGUACCUUAGCAGCCUUUGUCUGAACCAAGGAUUUCACCUCCCUUAACCACAGAGAAGCAGGAUGUGCUCCAAGCUAGAACUGAUCCUGGUCACUGUACUUGAGGCUCAGAUAAUUAUUAGGAGCCAACAUUGAGGGAAGUUCAGGAUCACUUCUGAAGAUUUUCAUUGGCAACUCGAGGUCAAGAACUGAAAUUUGUUUCCUGUAGUUCACAUUUGAACACAAUAAAAGUUUUUUCAUUUUGA